AUGACUCUGGCAAAUUAUUCUUACUUCUCUGGCAUGUGCAACAUGACCGCAGAGCCCUCGCCUGCAGAGGCAAGCCCCGAUGUCAUGUCUCCAAAUGUGAGCUUGGACUCGUCGCUGCCUCCGCCGCCACUGAUGCUGCAGGCCCGGCCUAAGGACAACGUUCUGAUCAAGUCUGAGCCCCAGGGGAGCAGCCCCAGCGCGGAGGACGGAGGCGCAGUGGGCCACACAGAGGAGCACCUACCCACAGGCAGCCGCCGCAGGAAGAGGCCGGUCCAGAGAGGAAAACCUCCCUACAGCUACAUCGCUCUCAUCGCCAUGGCCAUUGCCAACUCCCCCGAAAGGAAGCUCACCCUGGGGGGCAUUUAUAAGUUCAUCAUGGAGCGGUUUCCUUUCUAUAGGGAGAACUCCAAGAAGUGGCAGAACUCAAUCCGCCACAAUCUGACCCUCAACGACUGCUUUGUGAAGAUCCCCAGGGAGCCCGGCAGGCCGGGCAAAGGCAACUAUUGGACUCUGGAUCCAGCUGCGGAGGACAUGUUUGAUAACGGCAGCUUUUUAAGAAGAAGGAAAAGAUUCAAGCGCACAGAUGUGAGUACCUAUCCGGGUUACAUGCAGAGCUCCAGCGCCUUUACGCCAACCACCAUGGGGAGGCCGUCCUACCCCAACACGCUGUACGCCGGGAUCGGGUCAGGCUAUGGUUCCCAGUUGACAGCCACAUCUCCACAUCCAGCCAUGAUGCAUCACUACCAGCCCCCCUCGGGGGUCGGCCAGGGGCAGCCGCGCAUGUUCAGCAUCGACAACAUUAUUAGCCAGCAGACUGUGGUGCAGGGCGGCCCGGUGGGAGAGCUCAGCACCCAGGCACUGGGUCUGAGCGGCGGUGACCUGGGCUCCAUGACCUCCAGCUGCUCUGUAACCAGCACCGAUCCGUCAGCGUGUUUCCAGAACCAGACUGUGAACCCAGCGGCGACCAUGCUGGGCAGAAACAGCGGAAACCUCACCUCCAAUCUGGCAACAGGGUACCCAUACUCCGCUGCCUCUGCCUCUCCUCCGAACCUGCCCUCGAUGAGCCAGGCCGGGUUCUCCCCCGGCGGCUCCCAGGUGUACUGUUCGAGUAACAGACUGUCCCUACCUGCUCUGCGCCACGGCUCCUGCGCAGAGCACACGGAGCAGCUCCUGGGCCUCCCGAACCCCAUGAACUCCUACAACAACAGCUACAUGAGACAGGGCAACUUUACAACAGGAUUAGAGAGGUAUAUGUGA